CUCUGUGAAUCUCUCUAGGGUUUCUGAACUUCUCUCAUCUUUGAUUUCUCCCUCUGUUCGCAGGAAUUUUCCAGGGUGGUUGCCGUUUGGUUUCCUAGAAAAUUUUGGCUUUUUUCAGUGAUCUUCUUUCUGGGUUUUCGUUGGUUUUCCUCCUUCCUUUGCACCUUGAAAGAUGAAACCUUUCUAUGGGAUUAUGGGCUGCUAUUAUUGAUCUCUUUAAAAUUGGUUUUCUUUGCACAAAGGCAGAAACUUGUUUGCUUUCCUAGAAAAUUUAGACUAUUUUCUUUCUGGGUUAUCCUUGUUUUUCUCUUUUUUUUGUGAGCUUUUAAACCCUUGCUUUCUGGGUUGCCAUUAUUAAUCUCUUCAAAAUUUGUAAUUUUUCUUUGCAAAGGUUGAAACUUGAGUAAUAGCUACACACUGCGUGGCUACUCAAGAUAUAUCUGGGGACUUGCUCAAUUUUGUGGAAGAUGGUGAGAGGAAAAAUUGUGAUGAAAAGGAUCGAGAAUGCAGCAAAUAGACUAGUGACCUUCUCCAAGCGUCGAAACGGGCUGCUUAAGAAGGCUUAUGAGCUAUCUGUUCUCUGUGAUGUCGAAGUUGCAGUUGUCAUCUUCUCUCAAAAAGGAAGACUUUAUGAGUUCUCAAGCUGCGGCAUGCAAAACGCCAUUGAACGAUACUUUAUGUAUACAAAAGAAAUUCCAACUCACAAGCCUGAAAUGGAACAACUGAUGCAGCACUCGAGGAUUGAAACAGAAAACAUGGUUAAGAAGAUUGAGUACCUGGAAGUUUCUAAAAGGAAGCUGUUGGGUCAAGGAUUGGACUUAUGUUCUCUCGAGGAACUUCAAGAGAUUGAUAGCCAGCUAGAACAAAGCUUGAAAAACAUUAGGGCAAGAAAGGUACAGUUAUAUAAGGAGCAGAUACAACAACUAAAAGCAAAGGAAAAAAUGUUGUUAGAAGAAAAUGCGAAGUUAUAUAAAAAGUGUGAUGGUGAGAAGCUAUGGCAGCAACCAUUAAUUGAACAAAGGAAAGCAAUAAACGAUUGCACCCAAAAUAAUCGAUGCUCGGAGAUUGAGACUGAAUUGUUCAUUGGACUACCACAAAAGGAUUAAUACCAAUCGCUUGAAUUAUUUUACAGUUGAAACUAUUGUGUUACCCCAAAUAAUGUUAUUUGGUGAGUGUAUAUGACCGAUUAGUCCACUAUUUUUUUCUUUAAUGUCUUCUUCUUUUAAUGUAAAUGAUUUAAAUGUAAUUCUAAUAUAUAGUGUAAUAGUAA